AUGUUGUCAAAUUCAAUAUACCGGGUCUUUUUGACCUUGUUGUCUCUGUGUCUGCUCAUCAAAGAGAUCCAUGCACAAUCAACAACGCCCUUUUCAAACUCAAGCAGCACUGGAGCCUCCACGACAUCGGCGCCAGCAUCAACAGGCACUCAACCAGACGUCUAUUUGAACGUGCCGACUCUUUCGGUUGGUCGGAUUGAGCUCGAUGUUGAUGACCUUCGAGCCGACAUCAACUUGAACGCACAAGUCGCAUCACUGGUCACAUUAAAUGCCGGCGUCGCUCUGUCGAUUCAACAAGUCAACCUCACAAUUUCAGAUGUCGAUGCCGAGUUGGAAUUGAUAGUCCGACUAGGCCAUUUGGUGGACAUCGUCAGUCGAGUAUUUGAGUCUCUUGACCUCAAUCCAUUGCUCAUAUCGACCAUCAACAAUGUCACUUCAUUGCUCGAACCGAUUGUGGGAGCGGUCGAUGGUCUCCUAGGCUCGAUCACACAAGGCGGCACCACUCUAUCAUUCCUCAUCGACAAUCUUGGGAACAUUGUGCAAGAGGUCGGAGGAGUCUCAACCAUUGUGGGCAACUAUCUCACCAACAUGACCGACACGGGUGUCAGCCAGACGCUAUCGGGUGGUCUCACGGAGAAGACGUAUUCCUAUACCCCACUCAAUGCUCUGGUUGAUAUUGUUUUCAAUGCAGCAGGCCAGGUGGUUCAAGCAUCGGUGCAGAAGUCAAGCGGAGGAAGUACAAGCACAACCACUUCGAUUGUUGUGAAUGAUAUCAACGUUCAAAUCGAAGAUGAUGAUGACAUCGCCGACGCUGUCAGACGAGAUAUGCAAAGUGCCGUCGAGAACUGCAACUCUGUGUUGACAGACUUGAACGCGCUCCUUGAUUCACGUACUGAGCUCACUUCAAAGCCUGGGCCAGCACGGAAAGUGCAUCAGCGUGUUUGGAAACGCCUCAAGUGGGAUUCUGGUGAGGUCAAUAAGCUCAGAUCACGCCUCAGCUUAGCAGUCCAACUGCUGGAAUCCGUACGCCGACGUGUGGACAGGCCGACGGCUGCACAUGAUAAUGAGGAAGUUCUACGUGUCGCUAACUGGCUAGCGUCUGCAACAUAUCUCGAGCAGCAGAACGACUAUUUCAGCAAGGUCCAUCCUGGAACCGGACAAUGGCUACUUACUCACUCAUCGUAUCUCGCCUGGCGCAAUGGUAGCAUUCCGACGUUAGUGCUUCCUGGUAUUCCUGGAGCUGGGAAGACGUUCCUCGCAUCAGUCCUGGUCAAUGACUUGCAGAAACACGUCUCCGAAGGUGACAAUGCCGCGCUUGCAUUCUUCUACAGCAACUUCAGAAGGACCGAUUCUCAGUCCGCAGUCCAGAUUAUCAGCAGCAUAAUACGACAGCUCUUUCUCCAUCAGCCGCAGAGAAUGGAUGCUGUCAAGAGUAUGUACAAGGCACAUCACGACCGGCUGCCAGCGACAAAGCCUAGCCUUGAGGAGCUGGCGCUUACGAGUGAGAAGGCGUUGUCAACCUUCUCAAAGGUCUCCUUCGUGAUUGAUGCCCUGGAUGAGUGCAACGGACCUGAUGAAGCCUACAGGAAGCCAUGGCAGUAUCUUCUCACUCUACUAUUCCGGCUGCAAGAAGAGUGGAGGCCAAGAGUCUCCCUUCAGAUCCUGGUAACCUUUCGACCGAUUCUCGAAAUUGACAACUUUUUCCCAAGAUGCGAACGCCUAGCUAUCCAUGCCAGCGAAGAUGAUCUAGCGGUGUACUGUGGCGCGAUAAUACCCAAGAUCUCGUGUAUCGCUCGAAAGGCUGAGAUGCACUCACGAAUAAGUCGGGCAAUCUGCAAAAGUGCGCAGGGAAUGUUUCUGCUUGCGAAAUUACACUGUGAUAAUCUGGCAGCGAAGACCAAACCUAAGGACGUAUUGCAAGCACUUGAAAAAUUUGCCCAAGGCGGUGACGCUCUUAUCAAUGCCUAUGAAGACACCAUGCAGAGGAUACGACGCCAGUCUGAAGACUACACAGAACUGGCUCGAAAAGUCCUAAUAUGUAUUACUUUCAGUGCCAGGCCAUUGUCACUUAACGAACUACGUCACGCCAUAGCGGUCGACGAAGGUACAAAGGAGCUUGACCCAGAAGAUGACCUGGACGACCCAGACGCAUUGAUUAGCUCUUGCGCUGGUCUGGUGACGAUUGAUCCCGAGAGCAAGACCGUACGUUUAGUCCACUACACGACCCAAAAGUUUCUGGAAUCUUUACAAAACGGAUUUCUUUCCGGCUCUCACUACUUUCUCGCAUCUUGCUGCCUGAAUUAUCUACUUCUGAAUACCUUUGCCGAAGGUCAUACAAAUUGGGCGCGGCCUAUGCACGAAGAACAACCAAGGAUGUACACACAACAACCAAGCCCGUACGUACAACGCAUUGGACGAUUCCCUUUCCUCGAGUAUUCCGCCCAGUUUUGGGCUCGGCAUAUGGCACUGGCGCCUACCGACACGUAUUUAAGGCUUCGGGCUUUCACAUUCCUUGACCAUUUUGGUCAUGUCGCGAGCGCCCUCGAAGCCCUGCAUGAAAGAGGCCCCCUUUUCGACCAUAGCUAUUCUCCAGUCCACUUGCUCGCAGCCAUGGGUUCAGAUCAGAUGCUGGAAGACUAUACUAAUCGUGGCUACCCGUCUGAUGGAAUGCAAAAUGACAGAAUCGCAUGCCAGAAGUGCAAACAUCGGACAUCGAAACAUGUGGAUGAACUGAAAGCAAGUCAGUUAUCCUGGAAAGAAGCAAUCACGAGUUUGAAAGACCAUCAUGGUCGGACCCCAUUAGCAACCGCUGCAGGAGCCGGUCAUCCAUCAACCGUAGCGUUAUUGCUCAACUUCAAUAAAGCACUGAUCAAUGAGAGAGACGGCUAUGGCAGGACUCCGCUGUAUCAUGCACUAUAUUGUCAUUAUGAUGGUGCACUGUCUCAUGAUCAUGAAGCAAUCGCGCUGCGGUUACUUGGCGAGCCGGCCAUCCUCGGGCCUUGGUAUGGAGACUUAUAUCUUUGCGGUUGUCUACCUGUUGCUGCUGGGGGAGGCAGUGAAGCUGUUGUUGACAAAAUGUUACAACUUGCCGUGGACACGGGCGCGGGCUGGGUCGACGCCACAGCGUUGCCAUCUUCCCCUGUGCGAAGCAAGGCUGUACGUGAUGCUCUAGAGUCUGCGGCAGGCGGGGGCCACCUGGGAAUGGUGAAGAAACUGUGGAGAUAUAGCUGUGACGAGCAGCUCCACUUUCCUGCCGCGGCAGGCGAAAAAGCACUUCGUGCGGCGGUGAAAGAAGGCAGACUCGAAAUUGUCCAAUACCUGAUGGAUCAAAAAUAUAUUCGGGUAGAUGGCACGGACUGCGACGGGAUGUCAGUCUUGCACCACGCCGCCAGCGAAGAAAACGUACACAUUUUCGACUACAACUUGAAAAAAGUUCGGAACAUAGAUAUUGAUCUGGCGGGCAAGCGAACCGCACUUUCAUAUGCCGCUGAGAUAGGGCACUUGCAGGUUGCACAGAUCCUGGUGUCUGGGUAUAACGCGAACGUCGAUUUUGCACAUCGGGAAGGCAUGACAUCCAUCAUGCACACUGCGCGGUAUUCGCAGCUUGAUAUGCUGGCCUUCCUUGCGCCUUUGGUGUCUGACCUCAAUAGCACGGAUGCCAUGGGUGGCACAGUCGUGCAUCACCUAGUGGCGUGGGCCGACAUAUGGAGCCAUAAUGUUGAGGAGUUCAGGUCUUCGUUGGAAUGCUUGGUCAAGCAUGGCGCCGCGCUGGACGUAAAGGACAAUACUGGCCGUACACCAUAUGAGCGAGUCUGUGAUCGGGAAAAGCAAGCAUCUAAAUGCGGUGAAAAUAUUGACAAUUUCCAGCCGCUCAAGGAAGUCAUGGAACAGAUGCUUUGCAACCCAACUGUUCCCUGA